AGAAUAAUCUCAUUAAUAUUUUAUCGUUUGAGACUUUGAGUUUAAACCCACUUUUCACUUGCCGGAGAAAACGACGGAGAGAUGGAGAGAUCGACGCCGGAACAUGUCUCCUCCACCCACAAACGUUUAAGCGUGAGCUUUCUUGUCUCUCUCAUGGUACUUUGUGCAAGACACGCAAACAGAGUCUCUAAGAAGCUUAAACUCAAGCCUACUAAGAAACGAAAUCACCUCGAAGACUAUCUCGAGAACCCUAAAUCUAACGGCGAAGGAGAAGGCGCCGGAGGAGGAAGGUUUGGAUGGAGUCCGGCACGUGCUUUUUCGCCGAUGAGAACACGUCCUAAGGAGCUUUUGACGACUCUGAGCAACAAGGCAAUGACUAUGGUUGGCCGGAAAAAUAAAGCAUACGACGGUAGUGGAGGUACGCCGGCUGCAAGAAAGACGGCGGCGGAGAUGGUGGUGGAGGAGGACGAGGAGGAGUACGGUGUUUGGCAAAGAGAGAUUUUGAUGGGAGGAAAAUGUGAGCCGUUGGAUUAUUCCGGUGUGAUCUACUACGAUUGUAGUGGACAUCAGCUAAAGGAAGUUCCUCCGAGGUCGCCACGUGCAAGUCUAGUGCCGGAUCGCCCGACCCGUUCUUAUGUUGGGUCAUUGUUAAACCCGACGGGAAAAGAAAUUUAAAUUUAGUGAAUUUGAUUGAUGUUCGUUCUGUUUUGUGUGUUAUCAGGUGAGUGUUAAAUUUCGCUAGAAGUUACUUUGUUCCCUUGUUAUUGAUAGAUGACAUAUUACAUGUUUCAGGCUUAUUAUUGUGUACUUUAUACAGUUAAUACUUUUUGGCAAAUUAUAAAGUUUUGUGGUAGUAUUAAAA